UUCUUCGUCGUUCAUUCAUAUCUUUUUCUUUUUUCUUUUUCUUUUUUCUUUAAAUAUAUUUCUCUGUUUCUUUUCUUUUUCUUUUUUUCUUUUCUUUUCUUUUCUUUUCUUUUUCUUUUUUUUUUUUUAACGCGAGUGUGAACAUAAAUUGUAUUAUCAAUAUCGUAUUACGUUUGUCAUAAGUGAUAUAAUAUUAAAUAUCAAUAGGAUGAAUGACAUUUUUUUUUAAUCAGUUGUGAUUGAUUCAGUGCGAGUAAAUAAAAUAAAUAAAUAAAGAAAUGAAUACAUACGUAAAAGUACGUACAUCGUGUGAAACGAUCAAUCGUGUUUCGUAGUAUUUAUCGUCUCGCGGGCAACUCUCUUUGAGUUAAUCUCGACCAAUAGGAUUUCUCCGAGAUCAUCAAUUUUCAAUCAAACAUUUUUAACGGUUUUACGUGUGUGAAUAUCUACGACUAAUUCGAAGUUACCAUCACAUCAUAUAUAUAUAUAUACACAAGUCCAUCAUAAUUCUUCGAAGUAAAAUCGUGUAACGUAGCACAUCGAUGAUAUGGUGGUUGUGUGUUUGCAGUGUGGCAAAAUUCUUUUGUCGAAUUAGCGGACGAUAAGUGUGAGAAAAAGAAGAAAGAUUUAAUUGAAAGGAGAGGGAGAAGUCAUUCGAUGUUCGAAAUUACAUUGGAGAAAUUUCAUUGGAAUGACCAAUCAAUUGACGGAUGAAAAAGGAAGGAAUUUGAAGAAAAUAAAAGAAAAGAAAAAAAAAAGAAAAGAAUAUAUAAUAGGAAAGGAUUAAUAAUGAAUGUAUAAAAAAAAAAAGAAAAAAAAAAAGAAAAAAAAAAGAAAAAAAGAGGAAAAAGAAGGAAUAAGAGAGAACGAUGAUCGUUAGUAAAGUUUUCUUUCUUUACUUUUUUUCUUUUUUCUUUUUACAUCGGUAUAUCGCAAUCGGUUUCAAUGACGGGGUGAUGACGAUUUUCGUUCGUGAAAAUUCGUAAUUAUUCGUGAAAAUUCGAGAGAUUUCGGAUUUUCUUCGGGAAACGUGUGUGUAUCGUACGAAGUUAGGUGAGAAUAAGAAUAAGAAGGGAAAGAAAAAAAAGAAGAAGAAGAAUAAGGAAGAGGAGGAGGAAGAGGAGAAGACGGAGGUGGAGUAGGAGAAUAAGGACAUAUAAAGGCAAGUUCGUUCUGGCGCUAUAGGAAUGAUUUUCACCGGAAGGUCGGUCGACGCUCUCGACGAGGUACGCGGUAGCAGCGGCGUCGUCGUCCAGAGCGACGAGCGUCGCGACGUUAAAGCCGUCGCUAUAGCAGCCGGUUGGUUCUCCAGUUUGCGCAGACCCGGCAAGAGGAACAAGAGAUCCUGCCAAAAACAGGCCAAAAGUGCUUGGGACCUUACCACUUUAUCUACGCAAUUGAAAGAUGAACUUGGUGAGGUCGUGGCAGAGAUGGAGGCGAUGGAGGGCGGAGGCCUCGUCGCGAACGAGACGAAACCGACGAACAAGGCAAAGCAGACGUCGAUCGGACGGAAGAAAUUCAACAUGGACCCGAAAAAGGGCAUUGAGUACCUGAUCGAGCACAACCUGUUGGCACCAACGCCAGAGGAUGUUGCACAGUUCCUUUACAAGGGGGAGGGCCUUAACAAGACAGCGAUUGGCGAUUAUCUUGGGGAACGUCACGAUUUUAACGAGCGCGUAUUACGUGCCUUCGUCGAGCUCCAUGAUUUUACCGAUCUUAUAUUGGUACAGGCAUUGAGACAAUUCUUAUGGUCCUUUCGUUUGCCCGGUGAGGCACAGAAAAUAGAUCGGAUGAUGGAGUGUUUCGCACAGAGAUACUGUCAGCUAAAUCCAAAUAUAUUCACCAACACCGACACCUGUUAUGUUCUCAGUUUCGCCAUUAUAAUGCUUAACACGUCCCUACAUAAUCCAAGCGUCAAGGACAAGCCCAGCGUAGAACAGUUUAUAUCUAUGAAUCGUGGUAUCAACAAUGGCGGCGACCUUCCACGAGAAUUACUCGUGAGUCUUUACGAAAGUAUAAAAACGGAACCAUUCAAGAUCCCGGAAGACGAUGGCAACGAUUUGAUGCACACCUUCUUUAACCCCGAUAAGGAAGGCUGGCUUUGGAAGCAAGGUGGACGUUACAAAAGCUGGAAAAGACGGUGGUUCAUUCUAAAUGACAAUUGCCUAUAUUAUUUUGAAUAUACGACGGACAAGGAACCGCGUGGUAUCAUUCCGUUAGAAAACAUACAAGUUAGAGAAGUACAAGAUCGACACAAGCCGCAUUGCUUUGAACUUUAUGCAGCUGGAUCAGAAUUUAUCAAAGCAUGUAAAACUGAUAGCGAAGGAAAGGUCGUUGAAGGAAAGCAUACAGUGUACAGAAUGUCUGCGGCAACAGACGAGGAGAAAGAUGAAUGGAUCAAAUGCGUUCGGCAAAGUAUAUCACAUAAUCCAUUUUAUGAUAUGCUAGCAGCAAGAAAGAAAAAAGCACAAAAGACAAAUGUCUAUUCGAAGAGUUAAAUAAUAACUAAAGAGUAGAGUUUCGAAAGUAACUCAAUUGACAUGAAAGACUGUAUUUAGAUCUCAAAGUUUACUUUGAAGAUCUUAGAA